UAUGCGCAUGCGCAGUCGGGUUUAACCCUGCCCGGGGAAGGAGGCGAUGGUUUUGCUUAUGCUGUCGUGUAUAAUGUGUGCUCACACAUUACCUGACAGACAUGAACAAGUGUCCACACUAACCGCGGUGUGAGCGAAUUACCCCCGUGGGGUAUUCUUCGAGGGAGAGUUGGUCGCGAACGUCGCGGUAUCGACCCAAAACGUUUGGAAAAUGAUGCGCUUCAUGCUGCUGUUCAGUCGGCAGGGCAAGCUCCGGCUGCAGAAGUGGUACACGGCCACGGCCGAGCGCGACAAAAAGAAGAUGGUGAGGGAGCUGAUGCAGAUCGUACUUGCCCGCAAGCCCAAAAUGUGCAGUUUUCUGGAAUGGAGGGACCUCAAGAUUGUCUACAAGAGGUACGCCAGCUUGUACUUCUGCUGCGCUGUGGAGGAGCACGACAACGAGCUCAUUACGCUCGAAGUCAUCCACCGCUUUGUCGAACUCUUGGAUAAAUACUUUGGCAGCGUGUGCGAGCUGGACAUCAUCUUCAAUUUUGAGAAGGCCUACUUCAUCCUGGACGAGUUCCUGAUGGGAGGCGAGAUCCAGGACACGUCCAAGAAGAGCGUCCUCAAAGCCAUCGAGCAAGCCGACAUCCUGCAGGAGGAAGACGAGUCGCCCAGGAGCGUCCUGGAGGAGAUGGGCUUGGCGUAGUGGAUGCUCGUGCACGGGACUGAACACUACUUCUGUGCGUCACACGUGGCUCGGCGACCGUGAUGCACCGUGUGGGUACGAGCCUCGCAUUGACACGUCUACCAGUGUGUGUAUGUGUGUGUGUGUGUGUGUGUGUGUGUGUGUGUGUGUGUGUGACAAAGUGCACACAUGAUUUGUUUGUAUGUAUUUCUAUUUGUCCGAGUGAUCCGGAAUUGUAUAUGCUGGUCAGAAGCAAAUGGGGGGGCAAACCGGAGAUGAGAAAAUGCAAAUUUUGAUAUCUCUCAGUACGAGAAGACCAAAAGCAGUUUGUUUGGUGCCCUGAUUCCGAAAUCGUGUCCGCUCUUGUGCGUCGCUGGCAGCUAAACGGUGGCAACCCGGAGUUGAUUUUCGCCGACAACAAUGGCACGUUUUUUUUUUUUUUGUCAGUACGAAGCAGACGAUUCAAACCUAUAGUUCGCGUUUGUAGGCGACGGAAGCGCCGACGGCUCCAAAGUGUGCCUAAUCAAACGUCCCUUGGGAAUAGGGAACCAAAGACGUUGAACAUCACUGCCGCAAUUAGCGUCGCUACGCCGGGACCGCGGCAUGACAUCAUCAGCUUUUGUCGUCCCAUCAGGCGACGCACGCGUGAUGUGAAAGGGAGGAAGAUGCACUCUUAAAGCUGCUGGCUCCAAAGUAAUCCAAACUGAUCGAUGCUAGCUAGCUAGCUAGCUAGCUAACCCAGCAAUGGGUCCGAAAAGGGACCGAGCUAUAGCAUUGGGUGGAAGCCAACCUGGCAUCUAAUCAAAAUCCACAACUACCCAGCGAGUGGGUUAGGAACACAACCCAGCAUUUUUGAGCGUGCAACCACAAAGCUCAUUUUUCUACGGGGAAGCUGACGGCCACUCUGGAAUGUUUCUUUUGAGGGGAACGAGACCCGAAAUGGCAUUGGGCCUGCGCCUCGCUCGCUCAGAUCCUUUUUUUUUUUUUUUUUUUGGAGAAAGUCUUAUUCUUAUCGUUAGGAAACAACUUUGUCUCUCGGAAAAGAACGUCCCACCUUUGCGUUUAAGCACAGCGCCGCAGCGUCUUCUGUGUUUCGCAAGCUUCAGUUUUCAUCUUUACUUUGUAUCUUGCCGCGCUCGAUGAAUCGCUUUUUUGGGGACUACUUUUUUCAAGCAUGGGGAGUAAAAAUGAUUCUACUGUUCUAUUGUAUGGAGGGUUCUCUCAUUUCGGGAUGCUGACUUGCUUUUUAAAAAAAAAACUUUUUAACAUUUAUUUAUUUUUCUCAGCUUGAUUAAAACUACGUUCAGUAAGCGGCGCAGCCGUGCGCAUGUGUCGGUCGACAGCUUUAUUUGUUUGCAUUACUCCAGUUCUUGAUUUAACAGCCAACACUGACAUGCGAUCGUUCAGCUCACGUCAUGCAAAUGCUUUUUUUUCUUUCUUUUUUUUUUGAGUGGGGGAAAUAAUGUAGUAGUUGUUGUUUUAAAUAAAUGAACCCCUGCAAGACUUUGAAAAGAAACAAUCGAGUUGUUUGUGGAGUGACGCGCGAAUGAUGAGCUCCUUGGAUCUGUUUUAACAGCUGUGAAAGCAAUUUUAUGAGUCAAAAGGUUUCAAGCGAGUCUGCGUAUUUGUCGGGGCUGCUUUUGGUUGGGACUUUGUAGGUGCGGGGGGGGGAGUUCUUUUUUGUUUAUGUGGUUUGUGGGGACGUGUGUUUGUCUGCACUUUUGGAAAUUAUUCUUUUCAGAUCACCAGGGCGGGUAAUUAAUUUCCUGCACACAAACAUCCAAAAAGAAA